AACGAAUAUAGGAAAGGCAUGCAAGUUCAAAACCACAAACCAUUAACAUGUGCUACUCUUUAAAACUGGAACAAACUUUGUGUGUGCUUCUGCUGUCUUAACAAAGCCAAGGUUAGCCGACGUUGCAGUCGCCACAAUAGCUACGUUUACAUGGUGGCCAAUGUUCAAUACCAACCAGUUUACUUAAAUAACAUUGUACUAGAUUAAGUGUGUUUUGUUUGCAUUUAUGUUGCAACCUAAGGAAAUUAGUGUUUGUAACUGAUGUGUGGGUCAAUUUGUGUCCAAUUUAUUUAUUUUUUUGGUCUUUCAGAGAAAGCAUCCGCACCAUGUUCAGAAAUACAUUGAACUGACCACAGCAAAGCGCAAAAGGGCCAGUGGACCACCCACCCCCGCCAGCAAGCAGACCACAUUGACUCACACCUUGGCCAUGACUCCUCAGAAGAGUGUUGAGAAGGCCAUUGUCAAAUAUAUUGUACAUGGGCUGCGGCCCUUCUCAGUAGUCGAGCAGGAGCCAUUCAGAGAAUUCAUCAAGGACCUUGUCCCUAAUGCCAAGAUGCUGUCACGGGUGACGCUCACAUCCAAGAUCGAAGAUGGCUUUAACGAAAUGAAGGCUGUGCUGAUUGAAGCAAUGAAGGGGGUCGACUACGUAGCUACUACCACUGAUUGCUGGUCAGUGAGAAGAUGAGGGUUCAUUGGCGUUACGGCACACUGGAUCGACCCGGAUAAUCUUGAGAGAUGUUCAGCAGCCUUGGCAUGCCGACAGCUGAGGGGAUCCCACACUUUUGAUCUCUUGGCCAAUGCGUUGAAUGACAUCCACGCAGAAUUUGAAAUCAGAGGCAAGAUUGUGAGGACAACCACUGACAAUGGUGCAAACUUUGUGAAGGCUUUUCGAGUGUUUGGGGAGGACGAAAACAACAGUGAAGAGGGAGUUGAAGCUGAAGCGCAGUCUGAAGAUGAAGGAGAUACUGGGGUGCCUGAGGAAGAUGUGGAGUACAUUGACACUACAGCUCUGCUGCAUGAAGAUGAUGGGUUUGAAUUCCAGCUGCCAAGACACCAACGCUGUGCUUGUCAUAUUCUAAACCUCAUCGCCAGUGAAGACUCCACAAAUGCAAACUCCAGUGAUGCGUACAAGAAGCUGCACCAUGCAACGUUUGCUAAGUGUUAUGGCCUGUGGAACAAAUGUGGAAGAUCCACACUUGCAGCAGAGAUGGUUGAGGAUGUCUGUUCUCUUCAACUUUUAAGGCCAAAUAAAACAAGGUGGAACUCGUUGUUCAUGGCCGUGGAACGUCUACUCAGGAUUUGUAAAGAGAAGGGAGAGGGAACCUUAAGAGCUAUUGCCACCGACCUGAAGGUCCCAAUGUAAGUAGGCCUAAGGUUUUUUUCUUAAGUAAAAAUAGAACAGCUGCAGAUAAACAAAUGACAAUGUGAAUAACAGUGUCUAUUAUAAACACAAAUCACUGGAAAUCUAUCAGAAAUGUCAAUUUUCUAUUCAGUUUUAUAAUCCUGGGUUCCAUCUAACAAAAAUCCGGAUGUGUCUUCUUUUUUUGUCAACACAGGUUCAACCCAGCCAAACUCGCAUUUCUCACGGAGUAUGCUGCUGUAAUGAGCCCUGUCGCCCAGGCAACCAACAUACUGCAAGCAGAAACCAACACACAAAUGGGUUGGCUACUUCCGACAAUUCACCUGCUACAGAUUAAGCUCGACAAAGUCAAGUUGCAGCUGAAGUACUGCAGGCCUCUUGUUGAUUCUUUACAGUCUGGAAUUCAGAACCGAUUCUUGCACAUGUUCAAGGAUGCCGAGCUGGUUGCAGCUGCAAUUCUUCUUCCCAAAUUCCGAACAACAUGGACGAAGGACGAUGCCACCAUUAAAAUGGGAAUUGAUUACAUCAAGCAGCAUCUCGAGGAUCCCUCCAUGCAGCCUGGUGAUGCGACCAGGUCGAGUUCUUCGGAUGAAGAUGACUUCUUCUCGUCUCUGCAAGCAUCAAAGACCCAAGAUGGCGCCAAACAAUUUGAUGCCUACCUGUCCUGCUCAGCUGACCACAUGGAUUUGCUUAGGUCCUUUCCUUCUGUCUGCAAGCUGUCUGUCAAGCUCAACACGCCCCUCCCAGCAUCUGCAGCAUGUGAACGGCUGUUCAGCAUAGCAGGUCUUGUGUUCAGCCCACGAAGAGUACGGCUAAAUUCUAGGCACUUUGAAAGCCAGCUGCUUUUGAAGAUGAACAGAAGGUUUUACAGUUUCAAGUGAUAAUGGGGUUUUGUGCAAGGAUGACCACAAGGGAGGUUGAGAUUUGGAGGGGAAGAAAAAAAGUCGAGGGCAAAAGUGUGGGGGAUGGGAUGAGGGGCUUGUGUUUAAGAUUUAGUUAAGUGACAAGUUUACCAAAAUAUAAAAAAAUGUCAUUCAAACUGCAUUUGCCUCGUUUUACUUUUUACUUAUACUUUU